AAAAAAAACAAAAUAUUCAAACCGCUAUACGGAGUAGACAAAGUGGAUCUCGGUAUUAGCGCGAAGUCGCGCUUUACACAACAAUUAACAAUUGAUGUUAUAAGAAGACAAAUUAUGGUGGCAGAGUUCAUUGCCCGCCAGAGUGGAUCGCCCAUAAACGGUGAAACCGCUUGUCUUAACAGCAACAUGCCAGCGAGCCACACAAUGGCCCAUCCCGGACAGGGGUCACACGGAGGGCACGAGGCCCACGGGCCAAUGCCACCUCUAACCCACCCGGGGCACCACGUCAGCCAGCACCAGCACCAGCACCAACAGCACCACCAGCAGCAGCACCACCAGCAGUCCCAGCAGCAACAGGUCUCCCAGCACCACCAGGCGCAGCAGCAACAACAGCAACAGCAGCAGCAGCAGCAGCAACAGCAGACGCAGGCCCAGGAGCAGCACCAUCAUGACCAACAGGUGAUACAUCCCGAGAACUAUUCCCCGAAUUUUGACAUCAGAAAGGAACUAUUCUCACAGCGCAAACAAAGGGAGUUCAUUCCUGACAACAAGAAGGAUGACAGCUACUGGGACCGCCGCAGACGGAACAACGAGGCCGCCAAGCGGUCCCGAGAAAAGCGCCGCUUCAACGACAUGGUCCUGGAGCAGCGCGUGAUGGAGCUCAGCAAGGAGAACCACAUCCUCAAGGCCCAGCUGGACGCCAUCAGGGACAAGUACGGGAUCUGCGGGGAGACAGUUAUCAGCCCGGAGCACGUCCUCGCAGCUCUCCCCUCCGAGCCGGCCAUGAGCGUCAAGCGCGCCAAACUUCCACCGUCGGCAGCGCUCCUCUACGCCAGGUCGCCGAGUCCCGUCCACACGUCUGUGAUUCACCAACCAGUAAGUGGCACAAGAUCCCCCAGAUCACCAGCACAGCUCUAUGUCCCAGAGACCAGUGCCUAUCCCGAGACCGAGACCUUCCAGUAUCCUUACCCUCACCCCGCUAUCCACUUUGACACAACUAGCGCCCUAAAUCUGUCCUCCAGGGGCCGACGGGCCCAAUCACCCUACGAGCUCUCCUCUGGCAGCGGCGACGAGGGCGCGACCAUCGUUGUCUCCCACAAUCCUGCUGCCAACAACAGCCUACCCCACAAACUUAGGCAUAAGUCUCGCAUUGGGGACAAAGACGCUGCUAGCGCCCUCCUGGCGUUGCACGGGAUUAAGCAGGAACCUGGUCCCAGGGCAUCUCCGCCCUGGGACAAUGAAGGAUCCAGCGACGAGCGCGAUUCCGGUAUUUCACUAGGUGCUGAGUGGAAUGGCUCCAGCAUAUCCGCGGUGCCUGAAACGGAAACUGAGGUCAAAUCUAGGCUUGACAGACUUGCUUCUGAAGUAGCUUCGCUUCAGAGUAUUCUUCGUCUUGGUAAAGCAAAUGGCGAUCAUCUGCCUCAACAAGUUACCAACCACUCCGGGAGUACCAACAUUACCAGCAGCACUGGCCCUGCCAAUGGGUUACAAUGA